UACAUCCAGCCCAUAGAGCUGCCCGUCUGGAUGACUCAAACCCCGCUUUGCUUUCAGCUAAUUGUCCUUUUUCUGGAGCUCCGUGCGCGCUGGAUGCUCCUCUCCCUCCCCCACCGACUUGUUGCGCACAGAGGAGCGCCACUGAUCCCUCAGAGAGAGAGAGUGAGGCAGGAACCCACUGCAACAGGUGCAUUCACAGCAUCCUCCCCAGCUGAGCACCAGGGGUAGAGAAUUUACGCAUCCUUUUUGCGGGGAUUUCAAUCAGAGGCGCUUUUGUUUGUUGGACAACUUUAGAUUUUGUGUUCUCGUAUUUAACUGCUUUUAUUUUUAUUUUUCCACUUGAAUCAGUGAACCCAAACUUUAAAUGCGUCAGUAAGACCUGUCCGGUCCUUUGUAUAAAGCCAGAAUGCCCGUUUUAUCGAGUCCUGACAUUGCCAACAAGUUUAAGGAGAAAUGGCUGGCUGCGUUCCCGGAGGAUCAGGCCGGCGGCUCUGACUCUGCCCCCCUGGAUGACAGCCUGACCAGCCUCCACUGGCUGCAGAAUUUCUCCAUCCUCAGCGCGGACCCGGAGCGGAUGGUUGGACCCGGCCCGGACUGCUCAUCCUCCCAGCACCAGCUCUUCUUCAAACGCUUCCCUAGAGCCGGGACCGACUCACCAUCCAGCCCACCUGCUGGGGAUACAGCCGCCGCCGGGAUGGCGCUGUACCCCGGCAGCCCUGUCACCUCUGGCAGUGAAACCACCGCUGCACCACCGCGGUUCCCCAGCUGCGCCCACCCAACAUCAUCCUAUCCACAUCCACAGAUCCAGGUCCAAGCGAGCCCGCUGGUAGAGGUGGAUUACAAAACAAACCCUAAGGUCAAGCCUCCAUAUUCCUACGCCUCUCUCAUCUGCAUGGCCAUGCAGGCCAGCAAACAACCUAAAGUGACUUUAUCCACCAUCUAUAACUGGAUAACGGAGAAUUUCUGCUACUACAGACACGCAGAACCCAGCUGGCAGAACUCGAUUCGUCACAACCUGUCCCUCAACAAGUGUUUCAAGAAGGUCCCCAGACAGAAAGACGAGCCUGGGAAGGGGGGCUUCUGGCAGAUCGAUCCUCAGUACGCGGACAUGUUUGUCAACGGUAUCUUCAAACGCAGGAGGAUGUCCGCCAACCACUACAGCAGCAGCAGUGCAGCACAAAGACAGAACAAGCUGGUUCAAGGCUAUCACAGCAGCCAGAACACCUGUCCGUAUCAGGUGGUGGGCAAUAAAAGGAAGCACCUGUCCUCUAAAGACCAUAGCAAACUAAUGAGAUCUACAGAUUCCCCUCUUUUAGCCAUGGAAGCUAAUAAAGCAGACAGCCUGAAGGGGGACUUUGACCUGGCGUCUGUGUUCGAUGAUGUUCUCGACGGCAGCUGUAGCACCUUUGAGGAUUUGGAUAUCAACACGGCGCUGAGCUCCCUGGGCUGUGAGAUGGAGGUCUCCAUGCAUGGGAGGCAGUACGCAGCAGGCCUGGGGAGGUGGUGUGCAACCGGAGACAUGAACCAUUACCAGUCCUACAGUUACCUGGAGCUGAGCGGCGCUUCCAUGGAGAACUCCAUCAACAUAGGAGAACUCGGUGUGCCUCAGCUGCAGCAGCCGUCGCAGAGGCAGCAACAGCUGGAGCAAGAUCAGCUGCUGCAGGGACAUCUUCAUCUGCAACAGUUCGACGAGUCCGCCACGCUUUUCCCAGAGCAGCCGGGAGAGGCAAUGCUGCAGCCGUGGGAGGAGAUUAAAGAAGAGCCGCAGGCCAUUCCUCUGACUCUGGAUCAGGGUUUUGGUCUUUACGAGGGCUUCUUCACAGAGAUGCAGCAAUGGGAGUGAGUGGAGAGCUGUAGGUGAAUUCAGACUUUAACCAACAUGAACCAAAUACUUUAUCAUCCAGUCAGUUAGAUGAGCUUAAUUGCUGGUUUUGUCUCUGAAUAAAAUGAACUGAAAUGUAACCCAGCUACAGAUCUAAUCUCCCUCUGAAACCUUCCAACAUCCACUGCAUUAUUUAUCUACACUGAUGAGCCAUAGCAUCAGGGAUAGCAGUCUAAUUGAGAAGGACCUCAUUUUGCUUGUGAACUAGCUCAUGAAGAAAACAGAAAAAAACAGAGUAUGGACUGUGGAUCAUUGGUCCCUGCUGGGAACAGGUUCUUUGAACUGGGAAUUCUAUCCAAUCAGAUCAGGAUCUGAGCUAUAAACUGAUAUAGAUGGUGUCUUCUUCUGAUCACUUCAAGGUGAUGCACUGCGGCGUAAUAGGGCUCAUUUUGGUCAAUGCUCCAUCUGUAGCUUCAUAUUGUGCUUCACUGUUCCAACUUAUUUUCAUUUCAUGCCUAUGAGCAAAUAAUCUUUUAUCCAAUUACUUUUUCCAGUGCAGACCAGUUUAAAUGGCAUUGGAGUAAUCUAUUUUAGUGAAUUAUACAGAUAAAUAGUUAUAAAAAUGCCCAUAUCUUAUUACCAAGAUGUUCAC